GUCGCAUCGAAAAAUAUUGGCUGGCGGUGUAGAAAGGGCGGAAUUAUUUGUUUCGAAGCUACUCUUACCGAGAGGCAGUUUUAUAUUUAGACGGUGCUUUGGUAAUUACCUUCCUAUACAUCACGUGUUAUUUGUUAUGGUGGUCAGGCAGUGUCGUGGGUGUUAUUAAAUUGAUUUAAAAUGGGUCAAGGUAGCUCGGGGAUGGUUGUUGGAAAACCCGAGCGAAGCACUGACUCAAGUUUGGAAUUCCAACCUGGACACAAGAACUUUGCAUCAUCAGAAAUGAACAAGCGAUUGAGAUCCAACACAGAUUCGCAAAUGGAUUACCAAUCAUCUGAUGACAAAGAGGAAGAUAUACCAAAAUGUACUUCUGAUUCAAGUAUUUUACCACGUACUGUGCCCACAAUGUUCAAGUGGGAGAAUGGGGGAAAUAUUGUUUAUCUUUCUGGGAGCUUUAAUGAAUGGAAUUCAAGAAUUCCUCUUCAUGGAAGUAAUGGGGAGUUUUUCACCAUCAUUGAACUACAUGAAGGUGACCAUGAGUAUAAAUUUUUUGUUGAUGGCCACUGGGUUCAUGAUCCUAAUGCGCCUACGACAAAUGAUAAUUUUGGCGGUCGUAACAACAUCUCAGUAAAGAAAUCAGAUUUCGAAAAGAUGGAAGCGUUAGACGACGAUGACCGACAAUCUGGCUCAGGUAUCACUGUCUCAUCCCCCCCAGGGUCAUAUGCUCAGUUAAUACCCUCGCACCAUAACCCAGUUGUCAUUCAAGACGGUAUGCAUGCAAGUGUGCCCCCCACAUUGCCUCCUCAUCUCCUUAAUGUGAUUCUAAAUAAGGACGCCAUUGAUGUUAAUGAACCAUCUAUUCUUCAAGAACCUCACCAUGUCUCUUUAAAUCAUCUCUAUGCACUCUCCAUUAAGGAAGGGGUUACUGUUCUUAGCACUACUCAAAGAUAUCGGGAGAAGUAUGUGACGACAUUACUCUACAGGCCUAUUCAUCCUUAAAAUAUGAAAUAAUGUCAAUUGUAUUUAACGCAAAAAGUAAUACACAAAUAUCUGUAUCUAUACUUAAA